CUCCAAGAGGUGUUUCGGCCUGUUUCGGGAUUGGCCGGACAUUUUCGCCUCUUUGUUUUACUGAUAGUGGAUUUAAAUCGGAUUCAACCCAAUGUCCAGCGGACUGUACUGUUCCUAAACAGCCACAUGAAAGGGCAUCCAUGAUGCGGAGCUAACACCACCUCGUGUCUGCAGGAAGAGACGUGGCUGCCAAAUCAUCCCCAGUCAACACAUGGCGGCAUUAGGGAACCCUGAGACGCUAACCAGGAAGAUCAAGUUGUGGGACAUCAACGCCCACAUCACUUGUCGCCUGUGUGAGGGGUACCUGAUAGAUGCCACUACUGUCACGGAGUGCUUACACACUUUCUGCAGAAGCUGUCUAGUGAAGUACCUUGAGGAGAACAACACCUGUCCCACGUGCAGGAUUGUCAUUCACCAGAGCCAUCCACUGCAGUACAUCGGCCAUGACCGAACAAUGCAAGACAUUGUCUACAAGUUGGUGCCGGGGUUACAAGAGGCGGAGAUAAAAAAACAAAGAGACUUCUAUCAGAAGCUGGGAAUGGAAGUGCCCGGGGACAUCAAAGGAGAGCUGUGCAGCAUGAAACAUCUAGAUCCUCAACGCAAUGGCGAGGUGAAAACAGAGGACACAGACAAAAAGGAAACGGCGGAGGAGAAACCGGAGGAGGAUAACGAUUAUCACCGCAGCGACGAGCAGGUCAGCAUCUGUUUGGAGUGCAACAGCAGCAAGCUCCGCGACCUGAAGCGCAAGUGGAUCCGCUGCUCGGCGCAAGCCACAGUCCUUCACCUCAAGAAAUUCAUCGCCAAAAAGCUUAACCUGACAUCGUUUAAUGAGCUGGACAUUUUAUGCAAUGAGGAAAUCUUGGGGAAGGACCACACUUUGAAAUUUGUUGUCGUGACGAGAUGGAGAUUUAAGAAAUCCCCCCUCCUGCUGCAUUACAGGCCCAAAAUGGAUUUGCUGUAGUCGGACAGAACGGUUGUUUUGGCCCAGUGGCCCAGGACUGUGCUACGUACUAUUUAUGCAGAGACGAUCAACCCCAACACCAACACACCAGAGCAAAAGUACACACAAGCCAGCAAACAAAGAACCCCAGCACAGAUACUGCACCACUGGCGGGUUUGGAUCAAAAACAACCUUUUUUUUGUCCACUAUACGUCCUAGAUAUGUGAAAAAUUAGAGAGAAAAAGCAUAUAUUUAUACUUUUGUACAGGUGAGAGACAUGGAACCAAGACACUACUGGUGCUCUGUUUACACAUGACCAAGAUGUCGGGUGAUCGUUCUACCGUCUUUUUUGUUUUCUACAGACUUCACUCCUCGGACCCUCAUUAACUGAUAAAAAGGGGAGGACGAGGAUUUUUAACCAUUCGUUUUCUUUUUCAGGUUAAAGUCAGAUGCGUCUUGGGAGCACAGAAAGUAUAUAAAGUUACAUGAUAAGACUGUUUCUAAGCUGUUUAUUGAGUUGUUGAAUUGUCCUCUGAUUUUUUUUAAUUUGAUUUUUAAUUUGCUUCGGGGUUUGCUGAACGUUGAUUGUGAAUAGGCAAAAACAAGUGUGUAGUAAUUUAUGUUCUAUAUAACAAUAUUGUACAUAAAAUGUCAUUAUGAGAGAGAUUGAAAGGAGUAGGAGAGAGACUUUAGACUGUUAGGAAGAGUUCCAGAAGUGCUAUAUUGUUGGGCUACUCGAAUGUAGCAUUGGAGGAUACGUUAGAGUUUUAAUGCAGAGAAGACUUCUUGUCAGUAUAUAGAAGGGCAUCCGAUAGUUGUCUGAGAGAGAAACAAAACAAAUAUAUCAAAUCUUCUGCCGUGUAAAAAAAGAAAAGGGUCUGAAAUGACGUUGCAUUGCCGUAUGAGCAAUAUAUGAAUUUGAGACGUCUACAAAAGCAGCCAGCUUCUGAUAGCAUUAGCGUCCUACUCCUUAGUAGAAUGUAUUCCACUGGGUGAUCUUUAUGUACAGUGCAGUAACGCAUCACUUCUUCUAUCCCUAUCUCAUCGCUACCUUUAGUGCCAAAGGCUUGGAAAACCCCUUGACUUCCCCUUGUAUUUCCACGUGGUGAGCUAUAUGAAAGUCGCUGAGAUAUCAUCUAUUUCACAGCAGUAUGUGACCUGAGAUAGAGAGCUGUUUGGAACAGAUAUUCAAAUAUAAAAUUGAGAUGUUAUUAAUAUCACAAGAGCGUCGAGUUUCUUCAUUAUGUUAAAGAAGCACACUCAGAUAUUGAAGAGUAAUACUCUUUUGAGCAUAUGAAAUAAAUUAGUUUUUUUGAUAUGAUAUUAUCAAAAUCUACUUUUUGACCUUUGGGAGGUGGCUCUAAUUUUAGUGCUUAUUUGAGUGUAUCUAAUGAGAGUUGGGGGAGAAAGUACUGCAGAGCUUAAUGGCUUAACUGUAUUACGGGAACAAAGGCACGGAGGGACCGGAACAGUCUUAAUUCAUAGUCAUGGCCACCUUUUUCGUCAGUGCAACUGAAAUAUCCUUUCCUUGAACUGGACCCUAAAAUAACAUUUCAGACCUCACAUAGCAUUACCUCACUGCACUGUCAAUAAUUGUUCGUUUCCCUCCUUGUAUUUAUGCAAGGAAAGCUGUCGGUCUUGUACACAGUCCAAAUAAGUUUCUACAGGUGCAUACUAUAUAAAAAAAUACUUUCAUACAGGUCUCUACGAAAACCAGCUUAACCAAAAUGUAUUUGUAUUUGGUUAACAGUCCCCCCAUCAGUAAAUGCAUAAAUAUAUUGAUAUAAGUAUGUUUUUUUUAAAAUCAUUUCCAUACUUUGACUAUACACAGGUCACCUUGGUAUUUGUUGUGAUGUCUUAUGGUGUGAAAUAUUUUCGGUAUGCAUAUGGCAACACAAUAUGCAUUAAGUUCUGUUUGACUCAUUUUUUGUUGUUUUUAUCACUACCUUCUGCCUUUGACCUUAGCUUACCCCAUUCAAGAGCCAAAUCAUGUAUUAAUCAUGUAUUAUUUGUCAUUAUUGACCCCUUGUCUCUAGUGUGAAUGUCAAAUGAAUUUUGUGUUACAGGCCCCAUACAUGUACAUUAGCUUUGUUUGAACAGCAUAUAAGCCAGUACGCCCUCAAAAUAGCCAUGGAAUCAUUACGUAUUGCAAAAAAGCUAUCAGAGAAAAAUGAUGUAGUAACUAUUUCGCAGCAGUACCUAUGGCUUCUUAAAGGAAAAUUCCACCCCAAUAUUGUCGUUUGGUAUUUGUUUCAUUAGUCCAUUGUUGAUAUAGUCCCAAAAAUCAUCCCCGUUUGACGCAUUUUGCAUAGUUUUUGGGUUGAGAUUUCCUUUUAAGAACGGGUAUAAUUGGAACAAAGGCAUGUUACAUGGUGUUGUUAUGAGACUCAGAUCUUCUUUUCUCAACUUGUUUUGUAUGCAUGUGAGUACUGUUCAGGAACCCUGUGAUGUGAUCUCUGGGACAGAAUGGGGGCGGCGAGGGGGUCUUGUUUUGGGGGCUUUGCCACCGUGAAGGCUGGUGCUUGCGUUUCUUUUCUCUCUUCUUGGAGCUGAGUAUGGUGCUAACGACUUUUCUCUAACUCAAUCUUGUGCAGAUCAGCUUCAGAGGGUUAAAAGGAGUGCUGUGGAUUCCGAGUGCUGAUAGUAGUUCAGUCACUCACUAGUCGGGCUUCGUGACGCCCUGCCUAGUGCCUACGUGCCGGAGCCCCGUCUUUUCUUGUCACAACUGUCUCUCUCGCUCUCUCUGUGCAGAGGAAAAAGGUGCUGGCUUUUUCUUGUUGAUUUGUUUGUUUGCUUUUCCCCACGGUCCAGGCUUGCUCUGGAAACGGAACCGAGAGAAUGGUCAAUAAAGUUGUGGACCGUGAAGGAGUGUUAUUGAAAAUAAAUAAAAGCUGGGGUAGCUAUAAAACCAAAUGAUUCAGCUUCAGAGAGAGAGAGAGAGAGAGUGUAUUUAUUUUGGGGUAUUUUCAUGCGAGCCACAGUAACCUCAGAUAAAAACAUGGGGAUCCCAGUCCUAGUUGUAGUCCUUCAUUCUGCUCUAUGUAAUUGGUACAGAAAGCUCAUUCCACUGUUGGUUUUCUUUAUCACUCACUACACUUUUAUGACUUCUAGCAGUUUUUAGGCAUUGGUCGGGUGCAUUCAGUGCCAAGAAAGUCGGCAGAGGAAUUGUUGUUUGAAUGUUUCCAAAGUUAACUCAUACCCAGGAGACCUUAAUAGUAUGCCUGAGAGGUGUGUGGAGUAACGUGGGGGCAGGUUCCACCUCCGAAGCAGUGGAUUGGAUCGAUCUUCACGCUUUUAUCAGCCCAACAUUGAGACAUCAGUGCUGCUUCACUUGACAGCCAGGCUAAGAGGCUUACAGGCUUCCCCACAGUGUUCACUGCAGACCGGGGUUUGCAUCCAGACUGAACCGUUGCCAGUGUGGAAACCACGGCCUCAACUCAUAAACUCCUGUUUUCUAAUUUGACCUCUUGUUAUCUCCGAGUUAUCCACACUGCGGUAGGGGCGAGCUAUAAGCAACUGAUAAAUAGUCUAAUUGCCUUAACUUGACUACCAGCGAAUUGAGUUGUCAUAAUGCCACUUAAGAAGACCAGAACUAGACAUGCUACUUGAGGAGGCUUUUAACCUAGGUUUUUUAAAGAGCAAUUAAGUCUUAACAGAAGAUGUAUUUUUAUUUUUAAGUGGCAGUCAUUUUAGACCGGAUACCCUGGAUAGACGUCAAAGUAUUCCAGGUGGUCUCAAAAUGGCCGUGUUUGUUCCUGUAAUAACAGUCUUCACUCUGAGUGUGAUGGCUCUUUUUUACUCUGGCCCCCUGAGCUCUCCUGUAAAGCUCUGUAAUCACCCAGGCGACCCGUACGUGUGACCGGGGUCACUCAGACGGCUAGUCUGGAUGAAACACUCAAAAAAUACAGAUUGUCUGGCCAGGGUGGCACCGCACCACUGCACUAACUCAGAAAGGCAGCUUGGCUCUUGACGGUGCUAUGCCUAAGUGGAGUGAAUCACAGUCUCACGGGUGGUGCCAAUUGAGGGGCAACUGUCUGGAAUGGGCUUUCACUUCAACAUGAGAUUUCCAUUUCAAUUGUCCAUUUCAAAGGUGUCAAAUUAUCACCUGCAACUAGGACCCUAGACUGAGAAAGAGGAACGGGAUGUGGUCUGGAUGUCAAAGUGAGUUAAUUAGCCAGAUAAAUGUUGGUUCAAUAUAGACUAACUAGUUACAGUCAUAUUUUCCCUCAACGCGUAGGGAAGCUAGCCCACAGUUACCAACCUUCACAGUGGCAGGCCCUCAUGAGCCAUAAAUGUGGUCGUCAUUGAUAUAAAUCUGUCCGAAUUUUGUAUUAUUAUUAUUAUUUAUUUGUACUGUAAAGUUAUGACUCUUACAGUAGCUUAUUUGUUUUUGAAAAAUGUCAAGAGAUUUGAUAUCCUUCCCCGUGUUCAUGAUUUACCUUUUUGUUUGUUUAAAACAUACAAGACUCAUGCAUAAUAUUGUACGGCUUAAAUGAUGAAUUUGUAACUGUCCUCCCUCUUUUGUAUUAUUCUAAGUGAUCACCUCUGUGCAAUGCUCUCUGUAAACGACCAACACAAGCUGUGCUCCUUUUUGGGUCAAGGUCUGGUAAAAGAAAAACAAAUGUAAAUCUGGCAAUGUGGUUAUAUACGCAAUAUAUGUUUCUCAGAUGGUUCCAGGCUUCAGCGUAAAAACUCAAUUUAACUUUCUUUUGUUUUGCUUUCCAGUCAAUUCCUCAGGUCACAAAAAUGCCUUCCUGGUCUUGGGGGUGACCAGGAAUCUCAGAUUACACUAAUGCACCCGGAUAUGAAAUGGCUGGAUUUAGUUUUGGUCUUGUUUCUCUUGUUUUGCCAUUGUCUCUGUGACAGAAAUUUCCACAGUUGUUUUUCUGGGUUAAACACAGGCACUUAUUCAGGUGUCUUUUUUGCUUGUCCUCUUUUUUGAAUUAUGAUUCUUUAUUGCACAUGUAAUAAACUGGUUUCCAUUGCUACAUUAAAGGAGUUUUGGGUAGAGAACUGGGCUGGAAUUUCUUACACACAAUAUUAAGGACGCUUUUUGUUGAAAACUAGUGUGUAUUUCAUCAAUAAAUGCCUUUAAAAGUG